AUGGGGAAUUAUUUGGAGCUUUUACAAUUUCUUGCUGAUCAUAAUGAGAAAGUGAAAGCCGUUGUGUUAGAAAAUGCUCCCGGGAAUCUCAAGUUAAUAGCUCCAACAAUUCAAAAAGAUCUUGUGAAUGCUUGUGCCACUGAAACUAUUAAGAAAAUCAUUAAGGAUAUGGAUGAUGCAUUCUUCUCUUUAUUAGUUGAUGAAUCACGUGAUGUCGACACUACAUCAAACUCACUCAAGGAGGCUAUUGACACAUUGUUUUCAAGAGAGGAAUUGAGCAUUUCCAUGCUAAGAGGACAAGGAUAUGAUGGAGCUAGUAAUAUGAAGGGUGAGUUCAAUGGUCUUAAAACACAGAUUUUGAGAGAAAAUCUUUGUGCCUACUAUAUUCAUUGUUUUGCACAUCAACUUCAAUUAGCUCUUGUGGCUGUGGCAAAGGGAAAUGCUGAUAUUGCCACUUUCUUCACAUCUUACAAUAGCUUGGUUAAUAUUGUUGGAGCAUCGUGUAAGCAUCGUGACAUGCUUAGAGAUCAACUCCAAAAGGAUAUUAUGGAAGCUCUUGAAAAAGAUACUUUUCCAACAGGGCGAGGCUUAAAUCAAGAAACUUAUCUCAAGCGUCCUGGUGAUACACGUUGGAACUCACAUUAUAGUACAUUACUUAGUAUCAUCUCCAUGUUUAAAUCUGUGGUGAAAGUGCUUAAAUUGAUUAUUAAGGAUGGCUCGACUGAUAAUCUAGGUGAAGCAAACAGGUGA